UGCUAUUCAAGGGAUUUGUGGUACAGGAAAUUCCAAUUGGUAUGAGUGGUCCUGGCCGACAGAAGGUGAAUAUGCAGGAUUUAUUCAGGCUCGUGCAAUGCCUAAUAUUGGAACUUGGAAAAAUUUUGAGCCGGCUAAAAUAGCACAAUUUGAAAAAAGACCUCUUGAAAAACCUAAUCCACAAGUUUCAGAUCACUCAAUUCCAACUUCCAAUUGGAAUAUUCCAUUACCUCAUAGAUCAAACGUUUUGAAUACUGAAAUUAUUGAUACUGAUUUGGGUUCAAGGCAAGUUUUGAAUCACACAUCGAAUUUUGCAUUAUCAAGUGGAUGGGCCUUAAAAGAAAAUCAGAAAUUUGGUAAAAAAGGAGGAGGUAAACGAAUAAGCAAAAAUGUUAUUCCAUACCUUGAGGCAUAUUUCUUGGCCGGAGAUAUAAAUAAAAGUGAAAAGUAUACAGCUCAAGAGAUGCAUAAUGAACUGAAAGGUUUAGUAGAAGAAGGAGUUUUAGAAGAAGAGGAAAUUCCAAAAAUUUCUACAAUUAGUAAUUGGAUUUCUCGAUAUGCACAAACUCAUCGUAAAUUGAAAGCCCAACAAGCUUUAGCGCUAGUUGACAGAUCUUAGUAUAUUUAUAGCCAGGAAUCUGACGACCCGGCUAGUAAAAGG